AUGUUCAAGUACCGGAUCCGCAUGUUUUUUAACGAACUGAAGGUACUGAAGUUUUUUAUGCGAUCCGGUUCAACACAUCCUGACAGCGACAUAGACCUAGAUAGACGAUCGACCAUGCGGGGACUGGGGAUGGGCGGCUGCGGAUGGCCGCCCUUUGUCGACUGCUCUUCUCGCAAUGACGAAGAGGAGUAUUACGGAAGUGAUCCGGCGAGGCCCAGGAGCCUGGCGUUCGAGGAGAAGGAAUCCAAGCUGCAGGCGGGCCUGGACGCGGUCUCGCUCGCGAGCAGCACGGGCAGUGGGAUGCGCACGCCCCAGUGCCGAAUCUGUUUUCAAGGACUCGAGCAGGGGGAACUGCUGAGCCCGUGCCGCUGUGCUGGAUCGGUGCGCUGCACUCAUCAGCCGUGUCUGAUUCGCUGGAUCAGCGAGCGAGGCUCCUGGAGCUGCGAGCUCUGCUACUUCAAAUACCAGGUGUUGGCCAUCAGCACCAAAAACCCUCUGCAGUGGCAGGCGAUCUCCCUGACGGUGAUCGAGAAGGUCCAGAUAGCGGCCAUCAUCCUGGGUUCGCUGUUCCUGAUGGCCAGCAUCUCCUGGCUGGUCUGGUCCUCCCUCAGUCCCUCGGCCAAGUGGCAGCGCCAGGACCUGCUUUUCCAGAUCUGCUACGGCAUGUACGGCUUCAUGGACAUCGUUUGCAUAGGCCUCAUCAUCCAUGAGGGGUCGUCGGUGUACAGGAUAUUCAAGCGCUGGCAGGCCGUCAACCAGCAGUGGAAAGUCUUGAACUAUGAAAAGGCGAAAGACCUGGGGGACCCCCUGAGCUCCAGCGGGAAAGGAGGAGGGACUAGUGGAGGGGGGGCACGUGGAGCAGGAGGAGGAGGGGGCCACGGCAGUAGCAGUACCCUGGGCCGCCACCGGAGGGGGCUGAGUAGCCUCGGCAGCCGCGGUGCCAGGCGGUGGCACAGGCGGAGGCUGAGGACUAUCCUGGACCACCACUGUGGCUACACCAUCCUGCACAUCAUCAGCCAGCUCAGGCCCAGCCACCCGCGCCUCCGGGCCGGCGGCAACCGCGAGGUGGUCAUGAGGGUCACCACCGUAUGAGGG